CCCAGGGCUGCCAGGGCCAGUGCCUGCCCCGCCUGUGGGACGCCGAGGCCGGAAAGCCCACCUACGCGGGGCGCCGCACGGCGGUCGUGCGGGACCCGACGGAGCGCGGGGGCGGGCCGCGCUUCUGGCAGUGGAGUGUGAUGGCGAAGGCCUUGCGGCAA